GGAAAGAGUGGGCGAGUCUGAGAAACACAGAAAGCAGACGCGCAGGUGAAAAAUCACAGAGACUCGGCAGUGGACUGGCAAAGACGCCGCUACGACUGGGGCUGUGGCAGAGAACUGCAGUAGUUGACCAUGGUACAGCACACGGAAAACAGCGAAGCGGACAGCAUCUCCAGAGAGGCGACCGAUUCCGAUGAGAGUGAGUUCAUGGCUUGCAGCCCGGUACCCGGUACUGAGAUGAACCCGGACUGGUGCAAGACAGCAACCGGACACAUAAAAAGACCUAUGAACGCGUUUAUGGUAUGGUCCAAAAUAGAGCGGAGAAAAAUCAUGGAACAGUCUCCGGACAUGCACAACGCCGAGAUUUCCAAAAGGCUUGGAAAACGCUGGAAAAUGUUAAAGGACAGCGAAAAGAUACCUUUCAUCAGGGAAGCCGAGAGGCUCCGCUUGAAACACAUGGCUGAUUACCCAGAUUACAAGUACAGACCCAAGAAGAAACCAAAGCUGGACAAUUCCUCCAAACCAUCGGCGCCGUCUCCGGAGAAGUCUUGCAACAAAGUGUCGAAGACCUCCGGCAAGAAAUGUUCAAAACUGAAAACGAGCAAGUCCGGCACGAAAUCCUCUCAUGGCUACGGAGACGACUGUGCAUUCAAGAGCGUGAAAGUUGCAAAGACUGCUAGAAGUGAAUACACGGACGACGACGACGACGACGACUACGAGGAGGACUCGCGAGUCCGCGUUAAGGAGGAGGACGAGGAUCCGACGAGGGCGUGCAGCGCAGCCAAAGUUCCCGCGAGCCCGACUUUGAGCUCGCACGCCGAAUCCGAGGGCGCGAGCAUGUACGAAGACGCGCGGGACGCGGCGCCCGGCAGCAGACUGUACUACAGCUUCAAAAACAUCACCAAGCAGAGCGCAAUGUACCCUGCCUCCGCCUCGCCGGCGUCGUCCAGGUCGCUCUCCACGUCUUCCAGCUCCAGCGAAGACACGGACGACUUGCUCUUUGACUUCAGCUUGAAUUUCGCCCCCACGGCGCACGGCUCGGAGCUGGGGAACCCAAAUUCAGGAAAUCUCUCGCUCUCUCUGGUGGAUAAGGACUUGGACUCGUUCAGCGAGGGCAGCCUGGGUUCCCACUUUGAGUUCCCCGACUAUUGCACGCCCGAGCUAAGCGAGAUGAUAGCAGGGGACUGGCUCGAGAAGAACUUUUCCGACCUGGUGUUCACGUACUAAGCAGAAAGACCAUAAGUAAUAACAUACGGCAGAGGGAGGGGAAAAAAAAUACACGUCCGGUUCGAGUUUUUAACCCCGCCGCCUACUGCGGUGUUAUCCUGCUUUAGGGGGCUGGGGAAGUAGAGGGGUCCGAGGAACUCGAUGCGUAUGAAGAUGGUGUGCUGUAGCAAAAAAAAAAAGAAAAGAGAGAAA